AUGGGAGUAACAGUGCAAUUCACAUUCCGAAAAGUCGAAAUCAUGAGUCAAAAUCCACCAAGUGACGCUUUUCUUCGAGAAAUCUUUCAGAAGGUUGAUACGGAUAGAUCAGGUUCGAUUUCGUCAAAUGAACUUCAAGCAGCUCUGUCAAAUGGAACAUGGAGUCCAUUUAAUCCUGAAACCAUUCGAAUGAUGAUUGGUAUGUUUGAUCGCGAUGAAUCAUCAACCAUCGACUUUCAAGAAUUCCGUUUGCUUUGGAAAUAUGUCUCCGAUUGGGAAAAGUGUUUCAAACAAUUCGAUUUAGACGGUAGUGGUGCAAUUGAUAAACAUGAGUUGAAGACAGCGUUGAGUUCAUUCGGCUAUCGUUUAUCCGAUAAUUUCUAUGAAUUAUUAAUCAAACGAUUCGAUCGAACGGGUCGUGGUAACGUUGCAUUCGAUGAUUUCAUCCAAGCCUGUGUUUCCAUUCAGACAUUAACCAACGCUUUUCGUCAUUUUGAUCGUCAACAAAUUGGACAAAUCACAAUUGGUUACGAAGAUUUCUUAACUCUCGUCUUCUCCUUACGAAUGCAACUCAAUCGAAACUAA